AGAGAGAUCAAUAUUUUUAUACACAUUUUCCUCAAGUUGAGUAGGUUUUCUUUCUGGCUCCAUCGCUUAGUUCACAACCUCAGCCAGGUAUCUCUGUCUCACUCAGAUAACAUGGAUCCGCUUAAUGUUUAGCCCAAUACACACACACACACACACACACACACACACACACACACACACACACACACACACACACACACACACACACACACACACACACACACACACACACACACACACACACACACACAGGGAAGCAGAGGGAUUACAAAGGCGCAGAGUCCCAUAUGCUUGCCCAGGGAUGGAGGCGAGAAAGCUAAAUGCGAGAAGGAGAAAUGACCAAGGAAGUGGUUUUGAAGAUGAAGCCAAACCACAUGGGAGUCUCCCAAGUCGUCCUCUCUCCGCUGUAGCUCGUCUUUAUGUGUAUGCACUUCACGGCUGCCUAUGCGAGGUGGCCUUCACUGCAGUGUGGGACUGGUGCAGCACCCAGGACAGGAGGCUGGCAGGCCACAGUAGCUUGUGGGCGCUGCCUAUGUACUCCAUUGCUAUCUACCUCAUUGAGAUCCUGAGAGAACGGCUGCUGGUUCUGCAUUUUCCACUGCCUUUGCGUCUAGCGGCCUACACCAUGUUCAUCUACCUGUGGGAGUUCAGCUGGGGUGUGGGGCUGAGUCUGCUGGGGGCCUGUCCAUGGGACUACUCAGGUUUUACUUACAACCUGGGAGGACUGGUGACUCUGGAAUAUGCAGUGCCCUGGACAGUGGCAGGGUUUAUGGCUGAGCAGCAUGUGAUCAGGAACACUCUGAGGAUACGACUGCACAACUGAACUAAUAUUAAUACUGCGCUUCCAAAAAACUACAAUGCAAUUAGGAAAAUUGUUUCAGGAACAACACCACACUAUUUGAAUGUUUGUAAGUUUUGAUAAUAAAAUUCUGUCACUGAGCUGUGUCA